UUCGACUUCGAUAUUCGAAGUAUUUUAUUUCGAUGGUCAAAUUUCGAAGUAUUUUUAACUUUGAAAUUCAACCCUUGAUAAAUCUGCCCCUAGAUGUGCCAGUAAGAUCGGCGUAGAAAAUGGAUUCAAAACACUGCAUUAAGCCCAGGGGGGUCAGUAAAUUCACUGCCUCAGGGCAGAAGGUUGGACAUAUCAGGAAAGCAUGGGGUUAAUCUGGUGACAGAACUGAAGUAAACUAAGAAAAGUGACAGGUGGAAAGAGAUAAAGCAAAGUAUCAAGUGCAAAGUCUUUUAGGUACAAAGUCAAGGAAUCAACGUUGUCCUUUCCUAUCAAGGAAACCUGCCUCUAUCUCCUGUUAUUCUGAAUUUGCAGAGAAGAACCUCUUUAUUCCUUGUAUAACCCUGCUGCAGUGUGAUUACAGUAAGCAAUGGCGGCUGCUAAUCUAAGAGAUGAACUGAACUGCUCCAUCUGCCUGAGCAUUUAUACUGAUCCUGUAUCCCUGCCGUGUGGCCAUAACUUCUGCCGGAACUGCAUUGGGAGAACAUGGGACAUCCAGGAGGAUACUUUUCUUGAAACACCUUCUUGUCCUGAAUGUAGAAGGAGAUUUAAAGGGAGAUCUGGACUGACAACAGACUGGAAGCUGCGCGGCAUAGUGGAGCAAUUCCUUUCUACUCACCCAGAGCAGGAUGGAACUGGGAUCUUCUGCACUUACUGUGUCCAUUCCCCUGUACCUGCUGCUAAAUCCUGUCUGCAGUGUGAGGUCUCCAUGUGUGAUGCCCAUGUGAGAGUGCAUAGCAAGUCAGCAGAACACGUCUUAACUGAACCAACUGCAUCUCUGGGGAACAGAAAAUGCUCUGCACACAAUGAGCUCCUAAAGUAUUACUGCUGUGAAGAUGGUGCCUGUAUCUGUGUGUCCUGCUGCCUGGCUGGAGAACACAGGGGCCACAGGGUGGAGCUGCUGAAUGAGGCCUCUGAGAAGAAGAAAGAGAAACUGAGGAAUGUUUUGGAGAAACUGGGCCCAGAGAGAAAGGAGACUGAGAGAAGAGCUCAGAGGCUGCAGGAACACAGGAGAGAAGUGUCAGAAAAGGCAGUAGAUGAGACAGAGAGAAUCAGUGCCCUAUUUAGAGACAUUAGGGAACAGCUGGAAGCCCUAGAGAAGCGACUCCUGAGUGACAUCUCCAGGCAGAACGAGGAGCUUUCCCUCCAACUUUGGGAACUAAUCCAGCAGCUGGAAAUAAAGAAGAAUGAGCUGUCCAGGAAGAUCCGUCACAUUGAGGAGUUGUGCAACAUGGCAGAUCCACUCACGGUCCUACAGGAAAGGGAAUCAGAUGGAACUGCCUUUUGUGGGGCUGAGGGGGCAGAUAACGAGGACAGAGAGAGAGAUGAUAUAAACGACCCUGUUGUAGGGGAUCUGGAUGUGGAUCUGAUCUCAGAGACAUUACUCACAGGCUUAUCUGGGAUAGUGACUGGGGUAAAGGCAAAACUGAUCCCUGGACAGGAGGCUACAGACCUAUUAUUGGAUACAAACACUGCGGGGAAUCAUGUAUCUAUAUCAGGGGACAGGAAAUCUGCAUCUUGCUCACAUACAGGCCAGUGUCACCCACAAUCCUCAGAGAGGUUUCAGUAUCCUCAGGUUUUAAGCACCAGGAGUUUUCGCUCAGGGCGACAUUACUGGGAAGUGGAGGUCAGUGAAUUGGGUCAGUGGAGGGUAGGGGUGGCUUAUCCCAGUACAGAUAAGGGAGGGGAUCAAUCAUGCAUUGGAAAUAAUAAGAAGUCCUGGUGUUUGUGUGGCUUUAGUAAUUAUAACUAUACAGUGAAACAUGAAGGUAAAACAACAAAUUUACCCCAUUCCCCUUCCUGCAGAAGAAUCAGAAUCUCACUGGACUAUGAGGCCGGACGUCUGUCCUUUUAUGAGCUGAGUGAACCAGUCAGACACUUACACACCUUCACUGCCUCCUUCACGGAGCCCCUUCAUGCUGCAUUCUUUUUGUGGGGGAUUAGUUCAUGGGUGAGAAUCAUUAGUUAGGGCACGGCCCACUGCCAAACCUGUUCCAAAAUCUGCCCUUUGAUGCCAGGAAGUGAUGGGGCCUUAUUUAUGUUGGGCAAAGACAUGGCUUCAAUUUUAAUUAAUUAACUCUUUGCCCCUGGAAUAAUUCCUUAAAUACUCAUAUAAAUCAUUUUUUAGAGAAAAUGAGAGUCACAGGUUGGGCACAUUGUGUACCUAACGUAAUAACAUAAAUUGAUGGAUUCAUCUCAAGGAAUUAGUAGCGCCUGUAAACCAGGUUUAAUAUUUCAGCUCUGGGAUAUUCCCAGUAUAAUCUCUGUAUUUCCAUUCUGAUCACUUGGCUUUUAGUGCAUCUUCAAAACAAAUAAUUAUCCGUGAUUUUCAAUUACCUUCUUUUUUUUUGCAGCCAGCGCACCCAGCAGCAGACGGGUUAAUGUUAAUAAUUCAUAUUAUAUUUUAUAUUUGAGGAUGUCCUGAAGUGCAGGGCAGUAAUUGCUGCUAAAGCCCUGAAAUGAUCAUGUAGCUUUAGGACCUUUUGAUUUUCUAUGGAGAUAAGUCCCGACUUGUAAACACAAAUAAUUGUACUAAAUAUGAUUAUUGACAAUAAUAAUGUUUAUGGUGAAGAUUAAAGGGAUUGUGUCGUGAUUUUUAUGAUGCCUUUUUUUAUAUCCAAAUUACAAUGCAGAGAUUUCCAAUCACAUCCAUCUCUCAACCGCUAAAAGGCUUGGAGUAGCCCUGUUAUUAGAAACACAAAAAUAAGGAACACCCUACAGUCUUCAGCUCUGUGAAUUUAGAUUAUGGGCCCAACAAAGUGCCACACAGGCCUAUUUCGGCCCAGAAGGCAGUCGUGCCUUCCCAUAGAACUAUGCAACAGUCACAGAGAUACUAUCACUUGUUUAAUGAUAUCCCAAGGACUGAGAUUGCUUAGAAGACAAAAAUCCAGAUUUCAUAUCCUUAUAUUUACAACUCUGCUUUUUUUACUUUCACUUUGCAAAAUCUCACAUGGAGCUCAGCUCAAUGAUUUUACAAUGCACCAGUGUUAAAGUCUCUGCUAUUAUCCGAAGGACAGAAAAGAGAAGUAUAUAGAGAAGUAUGGCUCCCCCUAGUGCUUAUGUAGCAUACAGUUUAUGAAUAAACGAUAGGUAAUUCUAAACGGUUCCCUUUUUUUAAGCAUCCAACUCAAAAGAUGUUUUAAUUCUGCUUCUUACACAUAGGGGCAGUUUUAUCAAGGGUCGUGAAUUCGAGGGAGUUUUCUGAGUAAAAAUUUUUUUUUGGAUACUUCGACCAUCGAAUAGGAUACUAUGACUUCGAAUUUACUUUUGGCGA